UUAAUUUCAAUGAGUGCGAUAUGAGGCUACCUCUUAGUGAGCGGAGCAUUUGUGGCAUCAUUCACGGAUUUUAAUUGGAGCAAUGUGGUUGUUUCGAAACGUAGUGCAGUGAGUGUAUAGCAAAUCAAAACAGUCAACGGGUAAAAGCGUAGAGAUGAAUUUGUUGUCAGAAACGUACUAUAUGCAGCAUAUACUUAAAUAAGUGUUUGAAAAAAAAAAAACAAAAAUAAAUUUGUGAAGCAACGGUGAGCAUUUCAUAUUGCUUACGCAAUACAAGAACUUAUUCUUGGAACUUGUAAUAGUAUGUAUAUAUGUACAUAUUUCUUUUGUGCUGCAUUCAAAGAAAUAAAAAAAUAAGAAAUCUACUAAGCCAAAAAUGCAUAUUCACCCGAGCUCGCCUAACGUCGACUUUAAUCCAACAAUUCAGACGGAAGAAAAUGCCGCCAUCAAAAUACAAGCUGGAUUUCGUGGUUAUCGCGUAAGAAAGCAGAUGCAAGCCAAUGCACCAAAUGGUCAAUCUCAGCGCUGUCAGCAGAAAAUUCAGGAACCGUUCCAUACGAGCACAAAUAUUCCUACUCCACAAAAUAUCACCUCAACCUCGAGUUCAAAAGGAUCAACUCCAGACAUAGAGAAUCGAUGUGCAACAAAAAUACAAGCAAGUGUCCGAGGAUUUUUGGUACGAAAACAGCAAAAGGCUGCUAUUAAUGCAGCAACAAAAAUACAAGCGAGCUUUCGUGGAUUUAAAGCGCGCAAAGAGACAGAUAAAUUGAAACAGAAAUAAAACUAAUUUAAAUUCCAAUUCUGCGCAUUAUCGGCUGUGUGCCAUUUGAUGGCGUCAGUUAAGAUUUAUUUCUAUUCCUCUUCAUUGAAAUCGUUUAAGCGCUAUGUACUCCGAUACAUGUAUAUUUGUAUGUAUAAAGAUAAAUUUAAGAUAUAACUCACUUUUGUAUAAUACGCAAUAAUAAUAAUAGUUGUAGAAUGCUCGUCAAUUUAACCUAUGCAUAUGCAUGCGCUAAGAACUUAAAAUUAUAUAUAAUACAUACAUCAAUAGCUUUUUAAGUUUGGGUGCCUCUGGAUGGAUAUGUCGAGUGUUAGCUUGUUAGAAAGUGUGAGCGUUCAAGUUUUGACGCUCCAUAUAUGUAUGCAUAUAUGUAGCUUUAAUGGCAAGACAUAUUUCUUACUUAAAUGUUCGUCAAUGAUAACAUAUCUGUCAAAAUAAAUAAUUAUGUUCAAUACAUAUAUACGAACAUCCA